AUGGUUGACACAAAAACUGAUGAAAAUGGCAGUGAAAGUGUACCCCCAAAAACUGCUAAGCAGUUGGAGAAAGAGGCUAAAAAAUUGGCAAAAUUAGAGAAAUUUAAACAAAAACAAGGAAAAAAGGAAUCAAUCGUUUCUACCAAGCCAACAGAAAAGUCCGAGAAAAAUGACAAGAAGAAGACAAUUAAAGAAUCCGCCUUAUAUAGUCAAACUAUUAUACCAGGAGAGAAAAAGGAUAUCACGUGCCCAAUGCCAGAUGCAUAUAGCCCUCAAUAUGUUGAGGCUGCAUGGUACGACUGGUGGGAGAAAAAUGGAUUCUUUAAACCAGAAUAUGGUAGAAAUUCUGUAUCGGAAGAAAAUCCAAAGGGCAAGUUCGUAAUGGUAAUUCCACCUCCAAAUGUUACUGGUUAUCUUCAUUUAGGACAUGCAUUAACUAAUGCUGUAGAAGAUGCCAUUACAAGAUGGAACCGCAUGAAGGGUCGUACAACUUUAUGGAAUCCAGGCUGUGAUCAUGCAGGAAUUGCAACUCAAGUAGUUGUUGAAAAAAAGCUAUGGAAAGAGGAACAGAAAACGCGUUAUGAUUUAGGACGUGAAAAAUUUAUAGAGAAGGUUUGGGGCUGGAAGCAUGAGAAAGGAGAUAGAAUCUACUUACAGUUACGAAAAUUAGGUAGUUCCUUCGAUUGGGACCGUGCUUGCUUUACGAUGGAUCCUAAAUUAUGUCGAGCUGUAACAGAAGCAUUCGUACGGCUGCAUGAGGAAAAUAUUAUUUAUAGAAGUAAUCGUCUUGUAAAUUGGUGUUGCACACUAAAGAGUGCGAUUUCAGAUAUUGAAGUAGACAAGGUAGAAUUACCUGGUAGGACUUUACUCUCUAUCCCAGGAUACAAUGAAAAAGUAGAGUUUGGUGUCAUCGUAUUGUUUGCAUAUAAAAUAGAAGAAUCAGAUGAGCAAAUUAUUGUGGCAACGACUAGAAUCGAAACCAUGUUGGGAGAUACUGCUGUGGCAGUACAUCCUACGGAUGUUCGCUAUUCACAUUUAGUUGGGAAAUAUGUGAAACAUCCCUUUUGUGACAGACGUGUACCAAUCAUCGCAGAUGACUUUGUUGACAUGGAAUUUGGCACUGGAGCUGUCAAGAUAACACCUGCUCAUGAUCCAAAUGACUAUGAAGUAGGAAAACGACACAAUUUGCCGUUUGUAACUAUUUUCAAUGAAGAUGGAAAUAUAAUUGGAAAUUAUGGAAAGUUUACGGGAAUGAAGAGGUUUCAUGCUAGAAAGGCUGUCUUGAAUGAGUUGAAGGAGAGAAAUUUAUUUAUUGAAAUAAAAGAUAAUCCUAUGAUUGUUCCCAUUUGUAGCAGGUCUAAGGAUGUGGUAGAACCUCUCAUUAAACCUCAGUGGUACAUACGUUGUGAUGAUAUGGCUAAACGUGCUACGGAAGCUGUACAAAGUGGAGAAUUAAAAAUAAUUCCUGAUCAACAUAAGAAGACUUGGUAUCGUUGGAUGGAUGGAAUUAGAGAUUGGUGUAUCUCUCGACAGCUAUGGUGGGGCCAUCGUAUACCUGCGUACUACAUAACCGUGAAUACUCUCUCGAUGACGAAUGGCGCGAAAUCAGAUGAUGAAUAUUGGGUGAGCGGAAGAACUGAAGCUGAAGCUAGAGACAAAGCAGCUAAGAAGUUGGGUAUAAGUCCAGAUAAAAUUACUCUCGAACAGGAUCCUGACGUUUUGGAUACAUGGUUUUCAUCCGCCCUGUUUCCCUUUUCCAUAUUCGGAUGGCCCGAUGAUACGGAGGAACUCAAAGCCUUUUAUCCUGGCACUCUAUUGGAAACUGGUCACGAUAUUUUAUUCUUUUGGGUAGCGAGAAUGGUGUUCCUUGGACAGAAGUUAUUGGGAAAAUUGCCGUUCAGGGAAGUAUAUUUACAUGCCAUGGUGCGGGAUGCUCAUGGCAGGAAAAUGAGUAAAUCCUUGGGUAACGUUAUCGAUCCCAUGGAUGUAAUCCGCGGAAUUUCAUUAGAGAAUCUUCACAAACAACUUACGGAAUCAAAUUUAGACCCGAAGGAACUGAAACAGGCUAUCGAAGGUCAGAAACAGGAUUAUCCUCAAGGGAUUCCCGAAUGCGGCACGGAUGCAUUGCGCUUUGCAUUAUGUGCUUACACGACUCAAGGUCGAGACAUCAAUCUCGAUAUUCUGCGCGUUCAAGGAUACCGAUUUUUCUGUAACAAGAUCUGGAAUGCAACUAAAUUUGCUUUGAUGUAUCUGGGCAAUGAUUUCAAGUGCGAUACUGAUGUCGAAGAGCGACCAAACUAUAACGGGGAAAUCGGGGAAGAAACCCCUUGGAGCCAUGGUUGGUACGAGGAAACUUUGAAGGAGACGUUCGUCCAGGAAGCAUUGGACAAUUAUUUAGCUGAUUACCCUUACGUUGACGGCUACACGCCUUCCCAGGCGGAUAUUAAAAUUCAUGCAGUGUUGAGUGGAUUGCAUAUUGAUUUUACGCGGCUGCCGCACCUGCACCGUUGGCAAAAACACAUCGCAACGUACAGCGAAGGAGAAAGAUCUGCUUUCCGCGCGAAACAGGGCGGAUUGCUAUCUCAAAAGGGAUGUAAAUUAACCAGAGGUUGUAUCGCGGGAUUUCAGCUGACUGGAAACGAGUCCAAUAUGGAUUUAUGGAUGCUGUCGCGAGUAAGUAAUGCUGCAAAAAUUAGCGACGAAGGAAUGGCUCAAUACGAUUUCCCGGCUGUUACAACGGCUUGCUAUAAUCUCUGGCUUUACGACCUGUGCGAUGUUUAUCUGGAGUACCUGAAGCCGGUAUUCCAAAGCGGGAGUGAAGAAAAUAAACUAGCGGCCAAGCGAGUGCUGUUCAAAACUCUGGACGUUGGAUUGCGUUUGUUAAGUCCGUUCAUGCCGUUCAUUACCGAAGAACUUUAUCAACGUUUGCCUCGCAUAAAACAGGUUUUCCCAAGCAUUUGCGUGAGCCCAUAUCCGGAUGUCCUGGAAUGUUCGUGGAGGAAUCAAGAUAUAGAAAAUGAUGUUGAUUUUGCUCAAAAGAUCAUCAAAAGUGUUAGGUCGGCACGAGCGACGUAUAACUUACAAAAUAAAACAAAAAGCGAAGCGUAUAUUGUGUGUGCCGAGAAAGACACAGAGGACAGGAUUAAAAAGUAUUCGUCCAUGAUAGGGACACUCGCGUAUUCAAUAGUACAUCUGGAUAAAGCUCCGCCCCAGUGCUUAAUUUUGACAAUAACAGAGAAAGUGCAAGUACAUCUUCUGUUAAAGGGACUAAUCGAUCCUGAAAAGGAACUCGAAAAACUGGGGAAGAAGGAGAUUCAGUUGAAGUCAACGAUAAAUAAAUUGAAACAAGACAUGUCCAUCGCGGAUUACGACAUUAAGGUACCGGUUGAUGUCCAGACAAGCAACACAGAAAAGCUGCUCAGUGCUACGGGUGAAUUGCAACGAUUAAUUGAAGCGAUGGAGGCUCUACGAACAAUGCAAUAGUGCUGUCAUACCCUCUAGGUUCUUUAAUUUUAUUUAUGUUUUCUAGAAGACUAUUUAUAGUUUCAUACGUUUCACUCGAAGAACUCGCUCGAGACCUACUUUUUAAUAAACAAUGAAUUUCCAGUAAUUAAUAGGUAACAACGGUAAAAGAAAGAUAUAGUUAUAAAGGGUAUACGUUAUUUUCCUUGUUUUUUCAUUGAAAGAUUUCGUUGUCUACAGAUUCUUAGCUUUGAGAAAUACGUUAGAUAUCAUCCCUGGAUGGUACUCGGCUGGAUAUUUGGUUCGAAACUAUUUAUACAAGCUGUUGCUUUAAACAAAUACAACGCGCUAACCUGACUAAUAAUUGUUUUAAGCAUUUUGUAGGCGAGUCAGCGCGUUAUGCCGUAGUCGUUCACUGGACGAUCGUCAUGGUUCCUCAGAGGGCGCCAGCUGGUGCUCCAAUUUUCGACCGACUCGUGGCCUAUUUAUAUAGACCGUCUUUAGAAAUUUCUACCUGGUGAAGAAACGGUACUAAAAUUGCACAAGUCGUGAGCCUCGGCUGAAUUUCUCGCCGUAUUUUCCCCGCGGAACAAAAAUUCUCUGUUAUCAAGACAUCUGUAUAGAACUAAUGUUACUUAAGUUCUAAUAGGUUUAUUUUUUGCCCAGAAGACGUGAUACCAUAAUGGGUUUAAGAUUUCGCGGGGAAUAACUAAAGUGACUCAAACUUUGAGUUUACGUAUUUUCUAUUCAACAGUGGAACUAGUUGGUCAAUUGCUUUUUCCUUUGUCGAGUAAAUGCGUUAUUGCGUUUUCAAUAAAAGCCGUAGUGAGUUUGUCGCGCGUUCUGCCGUACCGGCGCAGUUGCUUUCUCGAAUGAAUCGUGUUACUAUAAAUCUCGGUAGGUGGCGGCGGUGUAAAUGUUUGAAAAUCGCAGGAAAAAGGAACAUGGUAUAUUCGAUAAGUUUAUAAAUGAAAAUGUCGACACAUGCCUGAAAAAAGUCUCCCAUGAAAUGUUACAUUCACAUUUUUAAAUUAAACAGGACUUUUCAGCAUCUGUUUCGAUGCACUACUAGGUUGUCGUUAUGAUCUAGUGUACCCACUUUGAGAUCUUUUCCCAUUUUAUGUAUUCAAAUGAUCGAGAUCGCGUUAUUAUGAUUUGUUUAAAUUUUUAAAGAGGUUUUAUUAUUUAAUAAGACUUAAUAGCAUGAAAGUGCCUGAUAGUUGAAAAGUCUAUGAAUCAUUGAUCAUUUUAAUAUGAAAACGAAGCACUUCCGUAUCCUCAUCGUUUCACAGUUAAAUUUGAUUCUUUUUUUACGCGGUAUUUAAAUUCCGACCCCAACACUUGGAAAAUAUGCAACUAGAAUAAUAAUUAUUGUUUUUAGCGAAAGGUAACGCGUCUUUCCGUAGCUUGUGUUUUACCAUAGAACCCCUUUCAAAAUCUUUUUUAAUUGCAGCUUUUCAAGGCGUUAAUGCAACAGUUUCGUACUCUCUUCAGCGAAUCGCGCUGUGCUGUCUCGAAGUUAACGUCCACUGUCAUUCUCUUUAUGUUCCUAUACCACCAAGAAAUAUACAAAUAUACUAAACUA